AUGGCGAACGUUCGGGAUAGUGACACAUCUUUGUGGCUUCACAAUAAACUCGGAACUUCGAAUGAUUCGUGGACUACUGGUUCAAUUUGUACACAAUUAAAUCCAGAAGUUUUAAAGAACAUCAAGGACUGUUUUCCGGAUUUGCAAACACAAGUGAAACUCAAAUUGUUGCUUAGUUUCUUUCAUAUCCCGCGCAGAAAUGUUGAAGAGUGGAAAAAUGAACUGGAGGAAAUCAUUGAAGUGGCGGCAGUUGACUCAGAUCUGUGGGUGGCGAUGCUUGCCGAGGUCCUCAAAACAUUCCCCUCCUCCGGCACCCUGAACACGGAGAUAGCAGAGUUUGAUGAGACGCGGCCAAUCUUCAGUGAUAUGAUCAGUGAACUCCGACGAGCUUUGGCUAAACAUUCCGACCUUGGACUGUUACCUCUUGAAUGCCUUUAUUUAAAUAAGAAUGCUUUAGUAUCUGUAGUAGGACAACAACCCAAUCCAGUGAAACAUUUCACACUGAAACGAAAACCAAAGUCUGCAACUCUACGGUCAGAGUUGCUGGCCAAGGCAACCGAAGUACAGGCCAACCAGAAGAAAGCACAAGCACCCACGGUGCCUGUCCGGAGUAGAGGCAUGCCGAGGAAAAUGACAGACACAACCCCUCUGAAAGGACUUCCGUCCCGGUGGGCGGCUCGCACGGGGGCUCGAGUGGCCCCCGUGGGUCGCCCUCCCGCGCGCACCGGCAUCAAGUUGCUGGACAUCACGGAGCAGCCUGCCACGCAUGCGCAGAUCAAGAAGAGGAGACGACUGGAGAUGGAGGAAGGUGCGAAGAAGGCUCCUCCCGCGCCGGCAACCUCUCCCCCGCCGCCUGACAUCAACAAGAACAACUUGCCCAACAAGACUGAAGAACAACCUGCAGCGGGCGCUACAGAGGCGACGACGGAGGCCGAGCCUGAAGCGAUGGAGACUGAGUCCUCGCCGCCUCCCGCGCAGACCGCGACUCCCGUGCCACAGCCCUCAGUGCAGGUGCCCGUGCCGCCGCUUAUCGUGCAGCAGGGCACGGCGAAGGGCAUAGUGCUGGGAGGGACGCCUCAGAACAAGCUGGUGGUGUCUGGUGCCGCUCCGGGUGGGAAACCGGUGCUGCUCUCUGCACAGAACCUGCUCAACUCUUCAGCCCUCAUCCUGCACCAGUCCGGCAAGACGGUGCUGCUACAGAACAUCAAACCGGUGACGCAGCAGCUAGUACAACAACCUCCGCAGCCCCUGCAGCAGGGCUCCCUGCCCGUCCAGCUCCAGCCCACACAGCCCGCGCAGGCUCCGCCCCCGCAGCCCCCGGCGCAGGCGCAGCCCCCGGCGCAGGCGCAGCCCCCGGCGCAGGCGCAGGCGCAGGCUCCGGCGCAGGCGCUCUUACCGCGGAGAGGACUGUCACUUACUCGAGAACAAAUGUUGGAAGCGCAGGAUAUGUUCCGGAACGCCAACCGGGUCACUCGACCAGAGAAGGCGCUCAUUCUGGGCUUCAUGGCGGGUUCCAGAGACAACCCGUGUCCGAACCUCGGCAAUAUAGUGACGAUAAAGCUGUCGGAAAACAUCGAGAACGUUCUGCAGUCGGACGACACGUACCUCACUAUGCUGUCGGAGAUGCACUUCCAAAUGAACUACAACAACGGCCAGUGGACCAGGCUGAAGAAGUACCGGCAGAUAGACGGCAUGGUGCCGCAGAAGAUCCCGCCCGGCUCCACCGUCAUCUCCGCAAACAACCAGCAGCCAGUCGUCUCCAUAGCCAACCAGGGCUGAGUUCAGGCAGGUUAACAGGCUGGUCCCGUGUUAGAUCUCACCCGGUUCUACCGUCGACAGUCGGCCAUGUUGGUAGUCGACCACAUCUGAUCAAUUUUUACCCGGGCUUAGUUAGUUAAAAACAUGUAAAUAUAGCAGUAAACGUUACAAGAAGUACACGGCGUAUCUAAGAUGACACCACCUUGUUCUAACGUCAUCAUCAGUCAUAAGGCUAAUCAGCAGCUUUCCCGAUAGCAAAAAAUAACUUAUAAUAUAUGCUUUCCGUUCUGGGAAACUGUAAUCGCGCGAUAUGCCUCAGAUCGGUGUGAUUUUGGUACGUUCUGUCAAUGCAUGUUAUUUUACGUGUAGCAAUAGAUUGCUUAUAAUUGGGAUGAUUUGAGUGAAUGUAUCUGAAAGCUAUUGAAACAAGCUUUAAAUCGAUGCAAAAUAAACCAUCUUAUAAACAAAAUAAGGGUCAAAACUUGGUGAGGGAAUAGUGUGCCGUACGGCACUGAAUUUGUGUAUCUGAAAAAUUAUUGUUCGGGGCACUGACGAUUUGUCGUAGGGUACAUACAACUGAUAAGGAAAUCGCAACAGAUUUUUUGAAAAAACAGAGAGCUAAACAGACUGUAAUGUAACUUUCUAGUUAAUGAUUAGCUAGGGUAAAGAAAUUGUGUGGCCUUUGGAAAUAUUGUAGUACAGUUUUCAUAUGGUGUACAAACAGGGCCGCAGUUGUUUUACUGAGGCGUGACGUUAUUAAGUUGGCAUGAGGGUGUACUGUCUACCAUUUGGUAGUAUUUCAACCAUAAACUUAGUAUACUAGCGUAAUAGAUAAACACUCUCCUCAUUACGGCAAAAUUAAAUUUGAAAUGUUCACGUGUGCUAGUUUUACAGAUGUGUUUGUGUAGUAUUUUACUUUUAGACAAUCCCUAUGACAAAUCUUGAUAAAUGACGUCAUAUUCACGUAUACAAUAUUUUAUUAUCUAACACAUAACAAAUUAUUAUAAGCUUAAGAAAAUAUAGUGUUUACUGCGUAUUUAAAAUGCAAUAUCAAGUAUUUUAGUGCAUAUGAUCUACGAAAAUAAGCACCACGAAAGUUGUAUUGAAGAAUCAGUAUUUACCUAUGAAAUGUUUCUGUAGUUGGAUUGUUCCGAUUUGUAACAACACAAUCUAAUAUAGAACACUACGCCAUUAUAUUUAUUAAUUAAUAUCCGUUAAAACACAAAGCUCUACAAAGCACAGGUCCGGCCACACAUAGAGUAUUGCUGUCAUCUCUGGUCUGGUGCACCCCAGUAUCAACUCGAUCCAUUUGACCGCGUGCAUCGCAGAGCAGCUCGAAUUGUCGGGGACCCAGUGCUCUGUGAACGGCUGGAUCACUUGGCGUUGCGUAGAGACGUCGCUUACUACAAAGCUACGGAAUGAGCUUUUCCUUGUGCGGUGUUUCCGGGAAGAUACGACAUGGGUACCUUCAAAAAAAGCGCGUACACCUUCCUUAACCCAGAUAAGCCUGAAACUAAAAUUUCCUGAAAAUUUUGAAAAAAGUUACAUUAUUAAGUUUAUUAGAUCUUAUGCAACAUAAAAAAAAUUAUGAAAAAAAAAUUAAGUGUAAGGCUUUCAGGGAAACAGCCGUCCUAUAUGUAGGACAGUAGGAUAAUAAGAGGAAAUAAAAGACCAUUUAUGACAAAACAGAAUGUAAUCAAAAAGUGUAGUUUAUUAGAUAACUAUUGAUUAUAUUACCCAUUGUUAUAUGUAAUUUACUAGAUUAACACUAUUUAUGAAUGAUAUGUUUCAAAACACUUGACACACACUCCAACAUCACAUUUCUUGCAACGUGUCAAACAUUUUUUGUGACAUUGACGACAGUGUGUUUGCUUCGAUUGAGGAAUAACCAGAUGAUUCAUUUGGUCUUUACGACUAUCAGCAUGUUCAUGAUGGGAGGGUCGGCUAGGCCCUCUUUUGGCAUUUUUUCUGUUUGAUUCAAUCAAAGCAAUUGCUACCCUUCUGCGAAAGCCAAGAUGAUCCAGUUUUCCAUGAUUUAUUUUAUAUAACUGCCAUGCAUUAUGUUCGGCAAGAUCA